AUGGGGCUGCUGGAGCUUUGCCGCGGGGCCUUCGGCGCCGCCGACCUGUACCAGGUGCUGGGCGUGAGGCGCGAGGCUUCGGCCGACGAGAUCCGCCGCGGCUACCACAAGGUCUCACUGCGGGUGCACCCGGACCGCGCCGACCCGGACGGGAAGGAGGCGGCCACCCGGCAUUUCCAGGUGAGGGGAGGCGCCGGGAAACCUGCCUCGGACUCGCCGGAUGGAGGUUCUCCUUUCCCCGUCCUCAGCAGGCAGGAAUCAAACCGGGGAAGUUCUGCGAGUUGGUUAGCCGCGGGACCCGGGUUCAAAUCCUGCUCUGACUCGCUUGGCCCCAAGCUCGACUUCAUCAUAAUAUAAUACAGUAAUAAUAAUUUAUUAUUCAUACCCCGCCCAUCUGGCUGGGUUUCCCUACCCACUCUGGGCGGCUCCCAACAGAAUAUUAAAAACACCAUCAAACAUUAGAAACUUCCCUAAACUUCAGGUGCCUUCUAAAAGUCAGGUAGUGACAUAGGCCACUUGCACCCUCCGCCUCAUUUUGCAAAAUUGUGUACCGCCCUGGGUUCCUAGGGUGGAAAUGCGACCAAAGUGGGAUCCACCAAAUAAUAAGAAUAAUUUUUUUAUAUAUAAUAAUAAUGAUGGUGGUGGUGAUGAUCUUAUUAUUUGUACUGCACAGAUCUGAUUGGGUCACUCCAGCCACUCUAGCAUCUUCCAGUACAGUGGUACCUCAGGUUACAUAUGCUUCAGGUUACAUACACUUCACGUUACAGACUACUUCAGGUUACAUACACUUCACUAACCCAGAAAUAGUACCCCAGGUUAAGAACUUUGCUUCAGGAUGAGAACAGAAAUUGCACAGCAGCAGGAGGCCCCAUUAGCUAAAGUGGUACCUCAGGUUAAGAACAGUUUCAGGUUAAGAACAGACCUCCAGAACGAAUUAAGUACGUAACCAGAGGUACCACUGUAUAUAAUUUCAUCCAUAGAUCUCAGGCCGGUUCACAGCUUAAGAUAAAAAACAAAAAAUGUUUUUAAAAAACGAGAACAAAGCACAGCUCCAUGAGGGUCCUCUUGUUCUAGGCAGGCCUGCAAUAGGAGCCCUGCCCUUCCUUGGCCCCAGUAGUCCACCUGCCUGCCUCCUUGCUUACAACCAGUCCAGGGGCUGGUUCUGCCUGUCAACUUCCUCCUCAGCAGGGAGGAGAAUGGGACAAAACUAGAAAGAGUUGCCUCUGCCUGCCCCCACCUACUGUUGGUGUCCCUGCCUUCCACCCUAUCAGUCUCAAAUGGCAUCGAUUAACAAGCGUAAUUUACAAGCGUAUAUCUACAUACUUAAGAAGUCCCCCUCCCCAACUUGUGUCUUUAUUGAUGGGAUGGGUGUUCUGCUUCCAGUCUGAGAAACCACUUCACCUUCGUGUUUAGAGGGGGAGCGUAGAACCUGCCACAUUGUGUUGCAGUGCUCCAGUUCAGGCCUGGUGGGAAAUGCAUGAGCCAAGAGGACCAUUUCUCCCUUUUUUCCAGCCCAUGCCCUGCUCUGUGGCCUAGCACAAGAUGGGUGAGGAUUGGGCACACUGCUAAUUCUGAACCUGAGUAUUUUAUAGCUAUAUAACAGGGGUGGGGUGGUUAAUGGUUAUGCAUGGUAGAAAAGGGAAAGGUUUACCCAGUGGUAUUAUUCUAGAAAAAGAGGAGCCGGAACUCACCACAAACGCCUCCAUUUUUCUAGCAAUUGUGCAAAUCCUGAGAAGUGCUGGAACAUCCUGUGUUUGCCUUUUCUUUGAAAAUUUGGAUGUAUGGCAGCUCAUGUCGGAAGUAUAGAUUUUGGCAAAUUCCCUUAAAAACACCUCAAAAACUUACUUAUUUUCUUGAGAUUUUGCAGAAAAAGCUCAACAACUUUUGUGUCUGGAUUUUCACUUUUUGAAAUAUGGCAGCCUUACUUCAACCUAAAUCCCACUUACUAUAAGCUGUUAGGCCUUGAUAAGUCCAGUUUCCUCUUGUGUCCUACCAGUUUUGGUUCUCUCUAAUGUUUGGUGUUAUUUUGGGGUUUUAUAAUUUUACCCUUCUGUUUGCCUACGGAGUCCCUCGAGUAUGUUGAAACCACUGUACAAUUUUGGGGUAGUCCCAUUUUGUUUGUAAACUUACUGGCACCCAACUACUUGGAAAUUCCACUGUUAGAGGGAAUGCUAACAUAACCUGAAUAAGAAAGAAGCCAGUUGUGAGGCAAGUGGGAUGGCAUGGGUUGUGUCUUACUGGAGUAGUGAGGUGGUUUGUCUUGUCUCCUCUUAGAUCCUGGGCAAGGUGUAUGCAGUACUGAGUGACCAGGAACUGCGGGCUCUGUAUGACCAGCAGGGGAUUGUGGAUGAGGAGUCAACUGUGCUGACUCAGGACCGCAACUGGGAAGAAUACUGGAGGCUGCUGUUCAAAAAAGUAGGUAGUCUUCUUCAAUGUGAUGAUGGUCCUUAUCUCACAACUGGAAUGAUAAUAUCUGUAAAGAAAGUGCUAUUUCUUUUACCUGUAGGGCAAAUGUAACUUCUAUGGGACUUUUGCCCUCAUCCCCUUUAUUUUAUUUUCAUCUGCGGGAUGGGUUGUUAUUUGUGAUGCCAAAUUUUUCUCUGGCUGCAAAAAUCAAUUUUUGCAAACCUGAACCUUAUGUGAUUUUUUUUGUGUAAUAUCAAAAUACGACAUUCUGUUUUCACAGCUCAAGAAGUUCAGUGCCCUUUCAUUAUUUCUUUAAUUCCUGGAUAAAUUUCCUUAAUGCUGUUGUAGUAAAUGGAGUGCAGCUAAAAAAAUUUUGGAGAUGGCAUGGCAAGGAAUGAUAGCUCUGAAAUGCUUUAGUGCUGAAAUAUCCUUUCAAGUUUGUACACCAUGAAAUACUGAAGGGUGGACCUAUUCAAAUCAAUACACUUGAGUUAGUCAAGCCCAUCGAUUUCCCUAGGUCUAAGUAUGACUUAUGGAUCCUUAAUCCCCCACCCCCAUUUGCAGGCCAACUUUGACAGGUGGGCAGGACCCUUUGGGUGUCAAUGACAAGUGGCUGACACCUGCCAAAGUUCAAAGGAGCUCAUUGUAACCAGAUUGAUGGUUUUGGAGAUGUUCUUUCAGCGCCAGUCUGAUGAUUGGUGCUGGGAGCUUGCCUUCGAAGGGGCUCCCAGUACCCACCGAUCAGCAAUUACAGGGAGCCCCCUUGAAGACCAAUUGGAGAAAGCAGAUUGGAUUCAAGCUAUUUUCUCCAAAUGAAGCAUGUUUCCUCUGCAGAUGAAUACAACCUGUGUGUGUCCCAAUCUGCUUCAUCUUGCUUUGCCUCGCUUUGGAUACACUUCCUUCCAUUAAAAAGGCCCUGUACAGAUGAACUUGAAUUACAGAAAAGUAAAAUUUUGAAGUAACAAUGAAUUUGGGAUGGAAAAGUGUGUGUGUGUGUAACUUGAGUGUGGUAAAAAGGAUUGUCGUUCAUGGAAUUCAACUCUUUUUGUUGUUGUUUUAAAAUUAGAUAACGGUAAAAGACAUUGAAGACUUUGAGAAGAAGUACAAAGGUUCUGCAGAAGAGCUGGUGGACAUUAAAGCAGCAUAUGAGGAUUUUAAAGGCGAUAUGGACAAAAUUAUGGAAUCCGUACUGUGUGUUGAUUAUACAGAUGAGCCGAGAAUAAGAGAGAUUAUCCAACAUGCCAUUGAUUCUGGAGAACUUCCAUCUUACAAAGCCUUUACAAAAGAGUCUAAGCAAAAGAUGAAUUCAAGAAAAAGGAAGGUAGGUUUGCAAGAGGCAAAAGACUGUGACAAAAUGUGUAAUUCUUACCAUCAACUAGAGUUAUGAAUGUUUCACUGUCCGUAAACAUAUUUCCUAUUUCACGUAAUGUACAUUUUCAAAUGUAACAUCCUUUCAGUGGUUGAACCAGUGCUUGAGUUGCAGAGAGAACACAGCCUGUUUUCUUCAGCUACUGGUUUCUGGAAGUUUUAUGAAGGGGAAACCACCCCCAUCCCCCAUUUCAACCCAGUUCUUUGAGAGAAGAGAAAGCCUGUAUUUCUUUAUCUUGAUGCAUUGAGUGAACACGCCAAAUUCAGAACAUCCUUAUGGAACAGAAUCCUAUUGGUUUUUGAUCCUUCUUUUAUAGUAGCUAGGUAUUAAAUGAGUAUCAUCUAGGAUUUUAUGAUAUACUCCCAUUUAUUUACUAUUUAUGAUGUGGUAAUAAUCCUUUAAUGUAAAACACUAGAAUCUACCUACAAUGCAGCAAAACAUUUGCUGGCCUUUCUUCUCUCUGGGACUCAUAAGCAAAUUUUCCUAACAUUGCUCAAGCCAUCCUGCAAAUUUGUUGAAAAUGGCCGGGUAGAAAUGCUUACAAUAUAAUAUUAACAAAUAAAUUGCUUGCUGCUGCAGUAGGUUAAGAAAAUUUAGCAUUCGCUUCAACAACUGUGUCAUUGUUUCAGGCUCGACAAGAAGCUAAAGAGGCAGAAAAAUCCAGAGAAGAACUGGGUCUUGGUGAAGGGGAAGAUGACCUAAAAGCACUAAUUCAAGUAAGAGUGGAGUAAGCUACAAAUCAUUCUAACAAGUUAGAUAGCAUUACCUUUUGUUAGGUUAGAGGCAGCCUUUAACUCUAAAUGAUUUAAGCCUCCAGCAUUGCAGAGCUAAUUUUAAUGUUCAGGAUAGCAAAAAGCAGUGAGGUCCCCUUGGGAUUUUUUUUUACAGAGACUAGUGUUAUUUAAUUUAUUCCAAAAUGAUCAGGAGUCGCAGGUGAGCAAUGAGACAGCCAGAUUUACAGAUGACACUAAAUUGUUCAUGAUAGUGGUAUCCAAAGGCGACAGAACUGCAAGUGAGAUUUAGUGUGUAUAAUAAGUUGUAAAGUGAUGCAUGUUGGGACAAAAUAAUAACAACUGUAAUUUCACAUACACGCUGAUGAGGUUUGAAUAGGGCUGUGACUAAGGGGUUGAAUAUUUAAGGGAAUUUGCGCAUCAAGGAGAGGCAAUGUGUGAUCUGAUUUCUUCAUCAUAGUUAACUGCCAGCCAACAGUUGUCCUUAGAGUUGCAUUUUUAAAUAGUUCGUCUUGAACAGUAUUAUUCAUACUUCACAACAAUCUGAUCUCUUUCAAAUAUUCUGCAGAUACACUAUUUUAAAAUAUUAAUAUAUAUUUUCUUAUGUAUACCACCUUAUUAGUAACUUGAAUAAAUGCCAAACCUUUUGUAGUCAAAACAUGAGAAAUACUUGUAAGCUCGUUUAACCAUCUUGUUUUUGUCAUUUAACAGAGCAAAAAUGAGAAUCGAAAAAAGGAAAUGGAUGGUUUUCUGGCUCAGAUGGAAGCAAAGUAUGGAACCAAAUCCAAAAAAGGAGGAAAGAAAACAGCACCCAAGAAAGGAAUGAAAUGA